AUGGGUGAAGUAAAACAGCAAAGCAUUCCGGCUUUGCCAUGGAUGCGAGACCCCGUCGAUGUCACUCUCUCUCAACCACUACCUCUUCAUUCCGUCCCUUCUCUCCACCCUAAGUUGAAGUCAGCUUUGGAGGACAUGGGAAUCUCAAGUCUAUUCCCAGUGCAAGUUGCAGUCUGGCAUGAAACGGUUGGCCCUGGCAAUUUUGAGCGAGAUGUUUGUGUUAACUCACCCACCGGAAGUGGAAAAACCCUCGCCUACGCUCUCCCCUUAGUGCAGAUACUAUCAGGCCGCAUCACCAAAUGUCUCCGUGCCUUAAUCGUGGUCCCCACUCGCGACCUUGCUUUGCAGGUCAAGCGAGUCUUUGACGCCGUUGCGUCUCCGUUAGGCCUGCGUGUUGGCUUGGCCGUUGGUCAGUCGGCACUAGCUGAUGAGAUUUCGGAGCUAGUUGACAUGCCGACACGUGAUAUAGGCAUGUGUUAUGAUCCCAAUUGUGUUUCGCUUCCUCGCUUUCAGAGUAAGGUUGAUAUAUUAGUAGCAACCCCUGGUAGGCUAAUGGAUCAUAUUAAUACUACCAUAGGCUUCACGCUUGAGCAUCUUCAUUAUCUUGUGGUUGAUGAAACAGAUCGAUUGCUUCGCGAGGCAUACCAGUCAUGGUUGCCUACUGUGCUUGAACUGACCCAAUCUAGUGAUGAUGGCUUUUUCCAACAGUCUGAUUCGUUUUUCCCCUGUUCUAUUGGUGCAUUAAGAACCAGAAGAAGAUGUGGAGUUGAGAGGGGCUUCAAGGACAAGCCUUAUCCCAGGCUGGCAAAGAUGGUUCUAUCCGCGACAUUAACUCAGGAUCCAGGCAGGCUUAUUCAGCUUACUUUGCAUCACCCUUUGUUGUUGAAAGCUGGAGAAAUGCGUUAUCGGCUCCCAGAAAAUUUGGAAUCUUAUAAACUGGUUUGUGAAACAAAGGUCAAACCCUUGUAUUUAAUUGCCCUUUUGAAAUCCCUGGGAGAAGAAAAAUGCCUAGUUUUUACAAAAUCUGUGGAUUCCACAUAUCGUCUCUGCAAAUUGCUGAAUUGUUUUGAAGAUUUGCAAAUUGAUAUCAAAGAGUAUUCUAGUCUUCAACAUCAACGUGUAAGAAGUAAGACAUUGAAUGAAUUUCGGAAAGGAAUGUUUCAAGUGCUUGUAUCUUCUGAUGCGUUGACUCGUGGAAUGGAUGUUGAAGGGGUAAGAAAUGUCAUUAAUUAUGACGUGCCAAAAUUCAUAAAAACUUAUGUUCAUCGGGCUGGUAGGACUGCGAGAGCGGGCCAGGCUGGGCGUUGCUUCACAUUGAUGUCAGAAGAUGAGGUUCGGCGAUUUAAGAAGUUAAUGCGAAAGGCUGAGGGUGGUUCUUGUCUCGAGCAUAUCGUUCCAUCCAGUCAAAUUGAUGCACUCAGUACAACCUACCAAUCAGCACUUACAAAAUAUAAGGAGAUAAUUUCAAAGACACGCAAGAAACCCAAGGCUUAG